GGCCGACUGAUCCCGUGUCCGUGUCACGGGCGGUGUCCGGUGACCGGGUAGCGCAGAGUACCGACUGCUAACGCCCCGGGCAGAACAGCCGCAGCUCUCAGUUCGGCGGCGACGGGGAAGAGACGAUGGCUGCCGUCGAAGGGCACCGGCUGCUGGCCGCUGUGGCGCUGCUGUCUCUGAUCGCAGUCGGACGGGGCAGCACGGAGCGAUUGAAGAAAGAAAAUGACGACCUAAGGAACCAGGUGGAGUGGCGUCUAAAGAUGCGUCACCUGGACUGGCGCGGUCACCCGGUGGCCGGCCGGCGGCCCUUGGGCACCCCGUUCGGCCGGGACGAUCUGCUGCAGCUGGAGGACGACGGCAGCGAGGGGGAGCCGCUGGAGCCGGUGCCGCCCGAGGUGGCCGGCGCGGCUGCGGACCUCCUCGACCGGCUGAGAGUGGGCGAGGACGGCGACAUCCAGUGGGAGGCCGAGGACGGACGGCAGCCCGCGCGGCGCCGGAGGGACGCCGAGCCGGACCCGGCCGGACCCAGCAAACAGCUGCCCGGCUGGCGAACACCGCGACUGAAACUGGGCAGCGCCGGCACCAUCGAGUUCUGAGACCGUGACGCCGUGCUGAGGCUAUGAACCCGGUCAAAUACACCGGGAAAAGUGGAAAAGGUGUUUUAUUUCUGUAACUUUCAUAGGACGCCCACGCUGGGGCUACCUGCGGAACGUUCUCACGCAAGGCCAGGAGCUUUUAGAGGCCUUAUGACAAGUUUGAAUAGAAUUGUUCCUUGUUACUCAAUGCAUUCCAUCACCUACUUUUGUUAUGUUUGAUAUUGUUUUUGUUGCUACCAUUUUUGUUGUAUCGUCGAGCUUAUUGUUUCGCAGAAAUAAACGUCUUUAGAAACAUAAACAUUGCAUACAUCGGAAUAAAUGUGUUAUUGUGGCGCUUCAGAUGCAAGAAAUACAAUGUGGACUCAUAUUUUGUUACUACCGACAGACAUUG